CGGCCGCACUUCCGCCUUGGUGUCAGUGGGUCGCGGGCCUGCGGGGCGGGGGCGGGGCGGGCAGCGGAGCUCGGUCGGCGCUGGAAGGAUCGCGGUCCAGAUCUCCAGUGCCUAUUGGAUUUUUACCUUAGAAAGUUCAGAGCGUGAAAUUUCUUACAGUGUCGAUGUAGAUCCAGUGCAAUGAUUCAGUAGAAGACCCUCCAGAUCAGGCGGCGAGGAGCCUGGCACUGAAGGAUGAACGGAGAGGAGGAGUUCUUCGAUGCCGUCACAGGCUUUGAUUCUGAUAACUCUUCUGGGGAAUUUUCAGAGGCAAAUCAGAGAGUCACUGGCGUGAUUCAUGUGGACACCAGCAAAAGUAAUGGGAUUGGAAAAGUUGGGGAGAGGCCUCCUCAAGAGAAUGGAAUUCAAAAGCACAGGACGUCGCUGCCUGCUCCGAUGUUUACCAGAAGUGAUUUCAGCGUGUGGGGUAUAUUGAAGAAGUGCAUUGGCUUGGAGCUGUCCAAGAUCACGAUGCCCAUCGCCUUCAACGAGCCUCUGAGUUUCCUGCAACGGAUCACGGAGUAUAUGGAGCACGUGUACCUCAUCCACAAAGCCUCCUGCCAGCCCCAGCCCCUGGAAAGGAUGCAGUCUGUAGCGGCCUUUGCGGUUUCGGCUGUGGCUUCCCAGUGGGAGAGGACCGGCAAGCCGUUCAAUCCGCUCUUGGGGGAAACGUACGAGUUAACCAGGGAAGACUUAGGGUUCAGAUUCAUAUCCGAGCAGGUCAGCCACCACCCCCCCAUCAGUGCAUUUUACUCGGAGGGCCUCCAUCAGGACUUCCUGUUUCACGGCUCCAUCUACCCGAAGCUCAAGUUCUGGGGGAAGAGCGUGGAGGCGGAGCCACGUGGCACCAUCACGCUGGAGCUUCUCAAACAUAAUGAAGCCUACACGUGGACCAACCCUACCUGCUGUGUCCACAACGUGAUUAUCGGGAAACUCUGGAUAGAGCAGUACGGGACGGUGGAGAUUGUAAACCACAGAACUGGAGAUAAGUGUGUGCUUCACUUUAAACCGUGUGGAUUGUUUGGAAAAGAACUUCACAAAGUGGAAGGGUACAUUCAAGACAAAAACAAAAAGAAGCUCUUUAUGAUCUAUGGCAAAUGGACGGAGUGCUUGUGGGGCCUGGACCCCGCUGCGUACGAGUCCUUUAAGAAGCAGGAGAGGAGAACCGAUCCCCUGCGGAAGACAAAGCUGGACGACUGCCCCGAGAAGGCCGACGGUGAUGUGGUGGACGCCGUGCCGGAGGCUCAGGAGACGGUGCAGGUCAUUCCGGGCAGCAAGCUACUCUGGAGGGUCAACACCCGGCCCCCCAACUCUGCCCAGAUGUAUAAUUUCACGAGCUUCACGGUUAGCCUCAAUGAACUGGAGACGGGCAUGGAGAAGAUCCUGGCCCCCACCGACUGCCGGCUGCGCCCUGACAUCCGAGGCAUGGAGAACGGCAACAUGGAUCUGGCGAGCCAGGAGAAGGAACGGCUGGAGGAGAAGCAGCGGGAGGCCCGGAGGGAGCGGGCCAGGGAGGAGGCCGAGUGGCAGACGAGGUGGUUUCACCGAGGCAGUAACCCGUACACUGGGACCCCCGACUGGCUGUACGUGGGGGGCUACUUUGAGAGGGAUUUCUCAGGCUGCCCAGACAUCUACUGAGAGACCGGACCGGCCCCCGGCCCCGGAGACCCGAGAGGCUAGACUCCACCAAGUGGCUGCUCUGAGCUCCGGUCACAGCAGAAGCCGGCUUUCUAACGGCUGUGCGUGGAGGUGGCUCCGUCCUGGUUGAGGAUUUAAUUCUAACCAACUUCGGAUUGCCAGACGUUUUCCUACUGUUGCAGUCUCUUCAUAAAGCUUCACUUGGGAUCAUCAUGUUUCCAUUAAGGUUUGAAAAGGAAAAUUCUUUACAGUUCCCUUUUAUGUGACUGAACCAGAGCUGGGGCUGGUGUAGCUUACAGCACCCUCUUAAUUACAAAAGUUGUAAAUAAAGGAAGUACCAGGACGGGGUCCACAUUCCUCCUUAUAACGCGGUGGCAGAGUGUUUCUGAAAGUAUUUUAAAUUUGAACCAGUAACAGGAAAAGAUGGAUCUGGAAAAAAGUCCCACCAAGAGGUUUAUAACGGCCAGGAAUUGCUUUCUAGAUACAGUAACGCAAAAGUGAAGAUUUUCAAAGCAUCUGAUUGAGUGAAACGAAAAGUUGUCAGAGUCUGUAUUUUUGACCAGUCUUCAAUAAUGUAAAGAUUACUUUUGAUAUUUAAGUUCAAACUACUUGAAUAAUAUUUUGCUGAAGAGCACGAUAGGCAUUAACGUCACGUGUACACUGUCCAAAAUGAAGCAUUACCAUGACAACCGAGGGUGGCCAGAAACCUUGACAAAAAGUCCCCAGACAGCUCCCAACCCCUACAGGUUUGGGAGCCCGCCUCUGGCCCCCAGGGCUCCCCUGUCACUGCAGGCCACACCCACGUCACAGAGUGAGUCUCUCACGACAGUUGGCCUGUCCCUGCAGCACCUGUGCUCCUGUCCUGCAUGUGUGAAAUACGAGGGACCCGCCUCUGGGGGCACCGAGGCGGGGGGUCCUAGCAGUCUGCUUCCAGUGGUGUCAUUACCGUGUGUGUCCAUCUCUGCACACAUCUGCACCAGUGACUGUUUACUUUCUGUAGAGAAGCCAACGCCACCGGUCGUCGCAGAGCUCUUUGAAUUGAAGACAAUCUGCGGUGUGCACAGACGCACACCUGCAUGCGCACGCGCACACGCACGCACCUGUAUGCAGUGGUGGGUUCUCAGUGAGAGGGUGUCGGCAUUUUGUGUCCCAGCUUCAAAAUCACGUUUGUAAUUAAAACACUUUUAAAAGCAAAUCGUUGCUCUGAAGGCUUGGUUCUGUAGCUUCGGAAACCCGAGGCGCGGUAUCGGGGUCGAAUCCCAGCGCACUUGCUCAAUGGGACGCGAGCUGGGCCGCCGGCGACACACGGAAGCCCCCGAGGAUGUGAUCUUGACGUCAUGCAGAGAGGAGAUUGUGACACACCCGGUCGUUAGGAUGUGGGGGGUCCUGUGCCUCUGGUCGGGAGGUGGCGGCGGUGGCCUCCUUGCCCAGGGAGCGUGGGGGGGACCCAGGACGCGUUUAGAACAACAGUGUUUAGGGCAGUUUGACAACCUCCGUGGACUAACCCAUUUGUCACCACCUCCAAUAAUUUACCAUAAGGUUUGCAUCUCUAGGUCCUCCCUGAGGUCAGAUUCCACGUGGCCCCAGUAGCUGCUUCCUUCGCACCCGAUUCAAGAGUCAAAGGACAAAGGGCAGGAUGGCCGAUGACCUCAAAGCAUGGCCGUCGUGAUCCUUUAACCACUGUGUCCACAGAUGCUAACACCGACCAAAGCUGCCCCCUCACCUUGGCUGCCGUGACACACUGGGAUGCUGGGUGUUUCUCUCUAAUAAAGAGUUUUUCAGUGGAAUUUGCUUUUUAAAGGAUGACCUCCCACGAUCGAUGUGUCUGGCCCGUGUGGAAAGUGGUGGCCUUGUCGUUGGCCCCCAGUUUGUGACUGUGGCUUUGAGAUAGGGUCCGGGUGCUUUUUCGAGCAGUCUCGUAACUCAGGACGUCCUUGUGGGAUGAAAAGUAGAGCACACUUUACCCGAAGAACUUCACGUUUUGAUUUUGCUCCCCCUUGAAGGUAGGAUCCAGUCACGUGUCCAUCGAUUCAGUGCACGUUUACUGAGAGCCACUGGAGAGUUAGCCGCACAGACGUCUCAGAGCAUGUUUCAUGGAAGAGAGAAACGUUACGUGCACGCCGGUGCUGGCUAGAUUUAACAGGCCACCUGCUGUUGGCGACCAAUGGCCGUGCCUGGGUCUCUGUGCCACACAGGUCCGUGCCAGGAGGGGUACUGCUCUCCCUGGCGGGGUCAAGGGUCAGGGCAUCCCCAGCACUGGCUGGCCGGCUGCGGGCCCCGGUCGUGAGAAGGCAUCGGAGAAGCGGGCCCCGGCCCUCACGGGCAUCACCGCGUUCGGCCACUCCGGGCUGCCGCGAAAGCCAGGACCCUCCGGGAUAUAGCAUGGUGGCUCUGGAAGGGGUGAAACGAGGGUGCCAGGCGGACCUCUCAGCCUCCACAGGGAAACGGAAGCCGGCAGUGGCCCCAGGCAGGGCCCCUGAGGAGCAGCCCCGAUGGUUUUCUUGGCCACAGUCUCCGUUUCAUAGUCUGUCUCCAAGGACGAUGCGGGCUCGUGGAAGGAUCUUCCCGAAACACGGGGAGAAGAACCCAGUACAGCGCCGAUGGCCUCCGGGCGCCCGGGCCGAUGCUGCUGGCCACUUGUGCCAAUGAGCGUGGAGCUGUCCAGGUGGAGGCGUUGCCAUCUGCUUGCUGGGUCCUCGUCAGGACCUGAGGCCAGGAAAUCAGAACAGGACGAGAGAAGGGCCGGGCAUCUCCCGCGAGCCAGCCAGCCCUCCGGGUCGCCCCAGCAAGAAGCUUCCUCUCAGGACACCUGCUCCCGGGAAAAGGUGCUGCCCGCGGAGCCGGGGAUCUACAGGUCUGGCAAGUCUCACGUAUCCACCAAGAACAAUGGAAUGAAGACAUCGUUUAAAAUGCUAAUAAGCUUCCAAAAAUCGGAAGCGAGAAUAGCCCUCCUCCUGUCUACCCUUGCGUGCUAGAAGGGGAGGGCACUGCUCCGUGAAGCCUCGCGUCCUGUGUGGAGCAGUCGGCCCUGCAGGAGAGUUCAGUCGAUAGACAGUUCCUACUGGUCCUGGCUUCAUCUUCCAAAGGAUCUUCCUAUGUCCAAAGUGGGUGCGAAGAUUGGGGUCCCCUGACAAAAGGGCCUGUCGCCAGACCUGCAGGACGUCAAGUGGUGUUUCCCUCAGUGCACGUCAUCUUUGGGCCUACCUUGUACGUUCUCAGUGUCGGUUUCUUCGCAAAGUGAAAAUGCCAUUUUGGUAUUUCUCGAUACGAGUUUCCUGGACCGUCAGCCCUCAACUGGAUGCACUGCUCCAUUCCGUCUUUGUGAACCAGCCACCCUGGGCCAAACGUCUGGUGAAGGGCUACUUGGUCUCUGCAGAGGGUGACAGCGCACAGACAGGGCCCUUCCUCCAUUGUCCCACGAACACUGUUUGUCCUAUCCGUGCAGCACGAGAACGUCAGGCGAGAAAACACAUAGUGAAACGGAUUUAUUGUUAUAAUUUUGUAAUACGUGAUAACUGUCAAUAUUCUUCUAUAUAAACAGAAUCAACCAUUCUCAGAUUUUUGGGGAGGCCUGGACGGAUCUGUGGAGAUAAAUGUUAAACCCUAGCCCUGAAUAGAGAUUCUUUGCAAACGGGUGGUAGUUGACAUUUGUUUCACACUGAACAAUUUUUCACUGUCUGCUGCUCUGGCCUCUCUGGCGAGGACUGCAAAGCAGCUGUGGAUGUGUCCUUGAGACCAGGCGUCAGACGUUUGGCCUGUGUGUUCUUUAGGGUGGCCCAGUUAACGGAUUGUUUCAGAAAACUGCUUGUUACAGCGAAGAGGGGGCUCAGGGGCACAUGAGGUGGAUGAAGGGGUCUGGGUUCUCUGGGCAGCGAGGAGCUCUGAUGGACUCUCUUCCCUCCUGGGGGUUGGAGCCUGUUGCUGGAAGCAACGGAAUGCCCAGAACACAGUGUUCGCUUGACUCAGAGGUCCCUGUGCCCGACCUGCUGCCCUAGGUGCCCAGCAGCUGUGCGCUUCCCAGGAGGGUGAGCUGAGAGGAGGUGGUGAUUCCAGUAGCCACGGCGGCUCCUGGCAGAGGGACAGACUGUCCACACGACUUUAAUAUCCUGGGAAUGCCCAGGUGCAUAGAUGUGGGGCUCCACCACGGCCAUGGUGUCUGACUGUGGGGACCACAGAGCAUCAGCCCUGCCAGAGCCCGGGCCUGGUGUCCUGGGUGCUUAAUCUCCACAAUUACCAUCCAGUCUGACCCAUCGAGGAGGAAGGGGAGGCGCAGGAAGGUGGGCUUGCCUGAGGUUUCAGAGCAGGUAAGUAGAGGACAUGGAAUUCAAACCUUGACAUACAGUGAAACUCACUCACCCUUGUGUGCAGUUGACAGAUUGAUACCAUCUUGUAACCAUCAACGCAAUCAACAUAUAUAGUUUAAUGGCAAGGUUCAAGUGGGAAAGGACUGUCUUUUCAACGAAUGGUGUUGGGAAAACUGGAUAUUUACAUGCCAAAGAACAGAAUUGAUCCUGACCUCACACCAUAUACAAAAAUCAACUCAGAAGGGAUCAGAGAGCUAAACAACAAAACUCUCAGAAGAAAAUAUAGAGCACAGAGUUCACAACUUUGGACUUGGGAAUUAUUUCUUGGAUAUAACACCAAAGGCACAGGCAACAAGAAAAAAAAAACCAGACAAGUUGGACUUUAUGAAAAUGUAAACACAUUUUGUGCAUCAGACACUAGCAUCAGAGUAGAAAGGCAAUGGGAGAAAAUAUUUGCAAAUCAAACAUCUGAUAGCAGAUUAAUAUCUAGAAUAUAUAGAGAACUCCUAAAACUCAAUAACAACAAAAAAAACCUGAUUCAGAAAUAGGCAAAGGACUUGAAUAAACAUUUUUCUGAAGGAGAUGCACCAAUGGCCAAUAAGCAUGUGAAAACACGCUCAGCAUCAUUAAUCAUCAGAGAAAUGAAAAAGCUACAACGAGGGCUUCCCUGGUGGCGCAGUGGUUGAGAGUCCACCUGCCGAUGCAGGGGACGCGGGUUCGUGCCCUGGUCCGGGAAGAUCCCACAUGCCGCGGAGCGACUGGGCCCGUGAGCCGUGGCCACUGAGCCUGCGCGUCCAGAGCCUGUGCUCCACAACGGGAGAGGCCACAACAGUGAGAGGCCUGCAUACCGCAAAAAGAAAAAAAAAGCUACAACGAGAUACCGCCUCAUACCCAUUAGGAUGGCGAGUAUUAAAAAAAAAAAAAAAAAAACAAAACCCAAAAAAUCCAGAAAACAAGAAGUUUGGGCAAGGAUGUAGAGAAACAGGAACCCUUGUGCACUGUUGGUAGGAAUAAAAUGAUACAGCCACUGUGGCAAACAGUAUGGCGGUUCCUCAAAAAAUUAAUAAUAGAAUUACCAUGUGAUCCAGCAAUUCCAUUUCUGAGUAUUUGCCCCCAAAAAUUGAAAGUAGGGCCUUGAAGCAAUAUUGGUUCAGUAAUGUUCAUAGCAGCAUUAUUCACAAUAGCUGAAUCGUGGAAACAACCCAGGCAUCCACGCACUGAUGAAUGGAUAAGCAAAAUGGGGGGUAGACGUACAUACAGCGGAAGAUUAUUCAGCCUUAAAAAGGAAGGAAAUUCUGACAUGUGCUACAGCACAGAUAAAACUCGAGGAUAUUAUGCUAAGUAAAAAAAGCUAGUCACAGAAAGACAAGUACUGCCCAAUUUCAUAUAUAGGAGGUACUGAGGGUAGUCAGAUCCAUAGGGACAGAAGGUAGAAUGGUGCUGGGGUCGGGGACAGAGCGGGUGGGGAGUCAGUGUUAAUGCAGACAGUUUCAGUUUUACAAAACGAAAAGUCUGAAGAUGGAUGGUGGUGAUGGCGUCACAGCAUUAUGAAUGUAUUUACUACCACUGAACUGUACAUUUAAAGAUGAUUAGGAUGGUAAAUUUUCUGUUACGUGUUAUUUUACCACAAUAAAAACAAAUUGGAAAAAAAAAUCAGUGGUCGCCAGGGGUUACAGAAGAGGGAGGGAAGGAAAAGGCAAAGCACAGAGGAUUUUCAGGGUAGGGAAGAUGCUCUGUAUGAUGCUAUAAUGGACACAUGUCACUAAGCAUUUGUCUGACCCGUGGAUUCAAGACAAAGCAUGAACCCUGAUGUAAACUCUGGACCCUUGGGGACAUGAUGUGUCCACGUAGGCGCAUGGAUUGUAGCAAACACGCCGCUCUGGUGGGGAUGCGGAUGGCGGGAUGUGGAUGGCGGGGAAGCCUGUGGGGUUGUGUGGGAACGCUAUACUUUCUGCUCAGUUUUGGUGUGAACCUAAAAUUGCUCUAAAAAAGAAAAUCUACUGUUAAACAAAGAAAAAGAAAACAACAACAAAAGCACCUGCCAAACUGUUUCCUCAAGUGGCCGUGUGCCAUUUUGUAUUUCCAACACCAAAGACUCCACAGCACUUAGUAUUGUCAGUUUUCUUUUUUUUUUAGCCAUUCUAAUAGGUGUGUUUUAAUUUGCGUUUUCCUUAUGAAUAAUGCCGUCCACCACCCUUUCCUGCAUGUCAGGUCACCUGUACACCCUCCUUAUGAGACGUUUGGGCGCGUCCUUGCCAGCUUCCUUGUUGCCACCCCUGUGCCCACAGUCGCUGCACCCCCUGCCUUUCACCUGAGGGAGGCACUGAGGCUCAGGGAGACGGGCUGGGUUCACAGAGCCCACGCUGGGGUGGGCGCUCGGACUGGCCUCCACGAUGCCCGUCUACCUGUAGCUUGUUUCCUUACUGUAGACUUUUCAUGGAAACUAGUGAAAGUGUAUAAAGCUUUGUUUUUUGAGCCCUCCCAGGGCACAGGCUUCCUUGGCUCGGGGACAGGAAAUGUGCGUUUGGGGCCCCUCUGAGGUCACUGCCCAGAUGGGAAGCACCAUCUCCAGGUUCUGGAAGGCUGGCUUCCCUGUGGCCUCUGGGGGAAGCUUUUUAACUUAUCAAGACUUUGGACAAGUAACACCUGCCUGCUGGCCCCUUCUCAGGGAAGCCAGAUUGGUUUCCUUACUUUUUUCUUGCCUGGUUUCCCAAGGCCCAGGACGGUAUUGCUGCGGGGGUGGUGACCGUGGUCACAGGUCACAGAAUUGCUUCACGUUCGCCGUUCCCACCGCUUUGGUCUCUGGAAUCCUCUAGUUUCUCAAAAAUGAUCAAGAACCCCACAGAGCUUUUGUGUUAUGUGAGUUUUAUCUAUGGAUAU